AAAGGUGUGGUGUUGGCUAUUCAUUACACACACACACACACACACAUGCACACAUACACAGAGUGACAGAGAGACGCAAACACAACCAGAAACCUUCUGUCCGUCAGCAGGUCAUAGUUUGAGUUUCGACUGACAAAACUUCACACGAAACCAAAGGAUAAAGAUGAACAGAACUGAAACGACCUACGACAAUGUCUCUCACGUGAACUACGGUUUCCAUGAUGAGGAGCAGCGGCCGCCUCCAUAUGCACCGUCUUCUGGAGUAAACCCGGCUUUAUCUCAGUACCCCGCCCCUCCAAACACACAGCAUCUGCCCCAAAAUCCCCAUGUGCUUUACCCUUCACAGAAAUACUCACCUGCGCACAGCCUGCCUCACUACACACCUCAACCAGCACUUAUUAACACUCACCAUACAGUCACACCUACAAUCUACCUGGACACCAAUCCAGUCCACAAAGUUUCCAGGAGAAAAAAAUGGCCAUAUAUUGUGGGCACAGUCGUCACACUGCUGGUCAUUGCUGGAGUCGUAGUUGCGGUGCUUUGGUUUUAUGGGUUGUUUGCGUGUUUGCAAGGACGGAUGUGUGAAGCAGAUAAAAAGUGUGUCAGUGUGUCGCUGUGGUGUGACGGUACGGUGGACUGUCCGUCAGGAGAAGAUGAAGCUCAAUGCUAUCGUCUGUACGGACCUAAUUUCCUCCUUCAGAAGUACUCAAAUGUGAGCGCUAAUUGGAAAAAUGUCUGUUCAGAUGGAUUUAAUGACAACCUGGCCAAGCAAGCCUGUGCGGAGAUCGGAUACAAGGUGUUGCCCUUAUGUUGAUACAGUUCAGCCUGUCAAUCUUCCACAGCAGUGUCACUCAAAUGUACUGAUUGUGGGCGGAGCACUGGGAACCGGAUUGUGGGUGGGACCACUGUGACCUCGAAGGGGGUGUGGCCAUGGCAGGUCAGCCUGCAUUAUUCUGGAAGGCAUCUGUGCGGCGGCUCCAUCAUCACUCCUUACUGGAUCCUUACUGCGGCGCACUGCGUUCAUCAGUUUUCAAAUCCAGGGGGCUGGACGGUGUAUGCUGGAUAUCUGACCCAAUCAGAGAUGGCGUCGGCCUCCGGAAACUCUGUAAACCGAAUUGUCAUUCAUGAUUUCAACCCAAACACCAAUGAGAAUGAUAUCGCACUAAUGAGGCUAAACACAGCACUCACUAUUUCAACGAACAUCAGGCCAGUCUGUCUGCCAAAUAAAGGCAUGAGCUUCACUGCGCAGCAGGACUGUUACGUCACUGGAUGGGGAGCCCUGUUUAGUGGAGGCUCUUCCUCAGCAACCCUACAAGAGGCCAAAAUCCAGCUGAUCGACAGCACGAUUUGUAACAGCCGGCCUGUGUAUAACGGACUGAUCACCGACACCAUGAUCUGUGCUGGAAAGCUGGCAGGCGGCGUGGACUCCUGUCAGGGGGACAGCGGUGGUCCUCUGGUCACCAAUGUGCGCUCUCUCUGGUGGCUGCUGGGAGACACGAGCUGGGGUGAUGGAUGCGCUGUCAGAAACAAACCCGGAGUCUACGGAAAUGUGACCUACUUCCUUGACUGGAUCUACCAGCAAAUGCGGAAAUAUUAGCCUUUUGAAUAUAAGAGAAGAGCAGAUGCCUCAAGAAAAUGGCGUGUACAGGACUGUUGACUUGACCUUGGUCUUGGUGAUUUUACUCUGUAUUUUAAUGUAAAUGUUUUCAUAUGAAUCUACGAGCUAUUUAUUUGCACCAGUGCCAUAAAUAAAGAGAAUGGCACAGUAUACUACAAUUUGCACUUUUUUAUUUUCUUAAAAGUAUGUUUUGUGUAUAAGAACUAAUGAAAAAAUGUAAAAGUGUGUACCUGAUGAUGGAGUUUUGUCCCUGAUAUAUUCAUGUUUUCUAAUUUCAGUGGAGAUUUACAUUAUUACAGUAUUCGACAUCAACAGUGAAACAGUGCAUUUAUUUUACAACUAUUUACACAAGUUCUUUUGUUUGUAAAUUGAAUGAAAGUGAAUAUUUUUGGUCUUCUGACUGAAUGUCAUUUUUGUGCGUUUGUUAAAUCAUUUUUUACACAUUAAAUGAUUUUUUCAUAACUAUA